UUAGCUCAUAAUGAUCUCGUUAUUAUCAUUAACAAUGGACGAUAAGGUUAUCAACAGAACAAUCGGUCAAGGGAAGCCCCCCUUGAGUUGGGUAACAAAAUUCAUGCUUCAGUUCAUUUGGUGGAAAACAACAGAACGAUGAAAACGUUUCUACGUAGUGAAGUGUUCUUUGUGUUAGCAUUUCUCGCGGGGAUUCCUCACCCAAUUCUGGCUGGUAAUGUUCUGGCCGUUUAUCCGCACUUUGGCUUUAGCCACUUCAAAGUGGUGAUGCCCAUCCUCAAUGAGCUGGCGAGGCGUGGUCAUCGGGUGACAGUGAUCUCAUAUGUGAAGAAUGUUGAAGGGAAAACCCUACCCAACUACGAGGAGCUGCUGAUCUCGGCUGGAGAGGAUCAGUCGAGUACGACCAUUAAUUUGGUUCCACUGACGGAUACGCCCACAAGAUCUCUUGGAGUUCUUAGGGAAUACCUAGCCCUUCAUGAGGAGGGUCAGGAGACUUGUGAGCAUCUCUUUGGCAGCGGUCACAUUGAAACUGUGCUCCAGAGACACCAAAGCAAACCCUAUGAUCUGCUACUCACUGAAUAUUUCAAUUCGGAUUGCCAACUGGUCUUGGCCAAGUUAAUGAAUCUGCCAAUUAUCGGGUUGAGUACGUGUGCUCUGAUGCCCUACUAUUACGAUCGCAUUGAUCUGCCGGAUACACCCUCGUUCAUUCAAUCGGAAUUUGUGGGCUUUGCCGGCAGUCUUAAGUGGCAUGAACGCCUGCUAAACUUUGUUCAAGCCAAGAUGCUAAAGUAUCUGUACAAAUAUCACUCGAAUCCGGCGGAUAACGAAGUUAUUCGAAGGUAUCUCGGAGUGGAAAUCGACGUAGAGGAAGUGGCUCGCAAGCAGACUGCAUUUAUAUUUGGAAAUCAACAUUAUUCCCUAAUGGGCAGUCGUCCUCAGUCAUUGCAAUUUGUGGAAAUUGGUGGAGUUCACAUAACACAAAAGGCGGAAAAGCAAUUACCGGAAGAAAUCACUAGGUUCCUUAAUCAAUCAGAAAAGGGUGUAAUCUUCAUAAGCUGGGGCUCCAUGGUCCGUGCCUCUAGCAUUGAUAAUGAGAAACUGGCAGCCAUGUUGCAGGUUCUACAAGGAUUACCCUUGAGGAUCAUAUGGAAAUGGGAAGAGGAUGAGAAGGUGAAGACACCCAAAGUGGAUUCCUCGAAAUUUCUAUGUAAAUGGGCACCACAGUUGGCUUUACUUUGUCACCCCAAAGUCAAGUUAUUUUGGACCCAUGGCGGUCUCUUGGGCACUACGGAAUCCGUACACUGUGGCAAACCCAUGCUUGUUACUCCCAUUUAUGGCGAUCAAUUCUUAAAUGCAUUUUCUGUGCAAAAUCGAGGAAUGGGUCUUAAGUUGGACUAUGAGGAGAUGAAUGUUGAUAACCUAAAGCAAGCUUUUAAUGAGCUUAGCAAAGUCAGUUACACUGAGAAUUCUAUACAAAUCUCAAAAGUUUUCAAUCAACGACAGCAAACGCCUUUAGAAUUGGCCGUUUGGUCAGUGGAACAUGUCAUACAACAUGGCUUUGUGGCCAGUAAGCUACUGCAAUCUCCAGGAAUUGAGCUAAAUGGUUUUAUCUAUCACUCUUUGGAUAGUAUACUCUUGAUAUUGCUUUCCCUUACUCUCCUAAUCCUACUUUUAAGCUACUUUUGUUGUAAAAAGAACAAACCAAAGCAGCUAAGAAAGAAAUCAAAGACAUCUUAGCAAAAUUGAUGUUAAAAAUAUAAAUAUAUGCAUUAAGUUAAUAGUUAAAUUAA